UAGGGUAUUACUUUUUUAUCUACAUGUAGUACAACAUAAAGGCCAUUGGAAAAAUCAACCAAAGACCUAGUGAAUCCUUAAUUCCAAAAAGAAAAUUGUUUUGGAAAUUUUAUUGAGAAACCAAUUCUCUAAAACACUUGAAAUCGAGGAUUUUAAAAAUACCUGUUCUAAUCUACAGAAAUAAUCUAUCAAUAAUCGUGAUUAAUUGAAAUUAUUCAAAGUUGGCAAAAAUAAUAUUCAAAUGUGUCUUAAUUAUUGUGCAGAUAUUAACGAAAAUAUGAUAUUUUUAGUGAGUGUAUUAUUAUUCGCAAUGUGUGGCGUUUAUGGUGCGGAUUCAGCCACAAUCCCUCCCUCAACCCCGGAAAUAGUUUCUAGAGAAGGCUGGGGGGCGCGUCCCCCAACUGCAGUGGAAAAAAUGGCAAAUCCAGUUCCAUUUGUCGUGAUACACCAUAGCUACAUACCAGCCGCUUGUUACACCAAAGAAGACUGCAUUGAGGCGAUGCAAUGGAUGCAAGAUUACCAUCAGUUGAAUAGAUCUUGGAACGACAUAGGCUACAGUUUCGCAUCUGGAGGCGACAAUAGGAUUUAUAUGGGACGAGGAUGGUCAGCAGUGGGUGCCCACGCUCCAGGAUACAAUAACCGAAGUAUUGGAAUUUGUGUUAUUGGUGAUUGGACUGAGCAAGUGCCACCGGAAAGUCAACUUGUCGUUGUUAAAGAACUUAUCCAAAAAGGCGUACAAGACGGUUACAUACAGGAAGAUUACAAACUUAUUGGACAUAGACAAGUUAGAGCUACCGAGUGUCCUGGUGAUGCUUUCUAUGCAGAGAUCCAAACCUGGCCUCAUUGGGUAGCAGAUCCUACUGCUGAUGUUUCCACAAAUAUUUUAAGAGAAAAACUUAAACCAGAUCCAAGGGAAGAUGCUCUAGACUUUCCCGAGGAGCAUAAUCAGCUCAAAAGGCAUAAUUUAAGUUAAGAUAGUUUUUGUGUUCCCUAUGAUUAUAUAUGGCAGCUUUUAAAUAAUAUAUAAAUUUGUUAAUA